AUGUGUGUGUCUAUGAGUGGUUCGAAAGCGGCGGCGGCGGCAUUAGUAUUUGUGGCUAAUGGUUCAGAAGAUACUGAAGUUGUAGCUACUGUCGAUAUAUUACGACGAGGUGGUAUUGAUGUAAAAUUAUGUAGUGUCGAAAAAAACGAUAAGAAACCAUUAACAUGUGCUAACAAUAUUCAAAUAUUGCCUGAUUUACAUAUAGACGAUGUUCAAGGACAACAAUUUGAUGCAAUUAUUAUACCUGGUGGUAAUAAAGGUACAGAAACAAUUGCAUCAUGUAAACAAGCAGGUGCUAUUCUCCUUGAUCAUUAUAAAACAAAUAAAAUAGUUGCAGCUAUUUGUGCUGGUCCAUUGGCUUUAAGUACACAUUUAUAUGAUGCGGAUAAAAAUAUACGUAAACAUGAUAUAACAUGUUAUCCUGAUGUUGCCAAUUCACUUAAAAAUAAAUUUAAAUCAAUAAAUUUAAAUGAACGUGUUGUUGAAAGUAUAGUGAAUAAUCAUCAUGUCAUCACUAGUCAAGGACCAGCAACAGCAAUAGAAUUUGGUUUAAAAAUUUUAUCACGUCUUACUGAUGAUAAAAAAGCUGAAGAAAUACGUAAAAAAGUACUUGCUUGA